UCUGCGUCGCGUGUGCUUGUUACGACCAAGCGUUUGUAGUCAAUUCUGAACAUAUUUAGCACUGAAAAAUGGGUUUUAGAGGUAGAGGUGGUGGAGGAGGAGGUGGCGGUGGCUUCAGAAAUCGAGGUGGUGGCGGCGGUGGCGGAGGAUUCCGAGGCGGACGUGGCGGUGGAGGUCGUAAUUUCGACCAAGGCCCUCCUGAUAGAGUGAUUCCCUUUGGAAACUUCGAAUACACCUGCCAGGACGACCUUAUCCUCAAAGCUAGCAUCGAAGACGUGCCAUACUUCAACGCUCCCAUCUAUCUGGAAAACAAGGAACAGAUUGGAAAAAUCGAUGAAAUUUUCGGCACAUUGCGAGACUACUCCGUGUCAGUGAAGCUCAGCGAUAACAUGAAGGCGUCCAGCUUGAAGAAGGCCCAACAAUUAUUCAUUGACCCCCAGAAAUUGUUGCCGCUGUCGAGGUUUCUGCCUAAACCACCCCAGCCGAAAGGGCCCAAGAAAAAAGGACCUAAAGGAGCGGGAGGCCAAGGUGGCGGACGAGGAGGCGGUGGCAAAUUCGGCCGAGGUGGCGGUGGAGGACGAGGAUUUGGCGGAAAUCGCGGUGGCGGCGGAGGAGGAGGCGGCGGCGGGGGAGGAUUUAAAAAGUUCGGCGGCGGUGGUGGAGGAGGUCGUGGUGGUGGUGGCGGCUUCGGCGGAGGCAGGGGCGGAGGUGGUCGAGGAGGAGGAGGCGGUGGCGGAGGACGAGGACGCUGGUAGUUUUAAGUCUAAUUCCUUUACUUUUGUAAUAGAUUUUUUAUUACAGUUGAUAGCCUUACCGAAAAUAUAUUUCAUGUUUUACAGUUACAA